AUGGAUCCAGAAGACCCAAUAAGCAUUUUUGCUGACAUGAAGCUCAAUUCCGAUGAUUUCUUCCAAAUCCUUGAAACUCACCGAAAAAGCUGCCAAAGAGAAGGCCGUUAUGACGAGGCUGAAUUAACACGUCUACGAAUCCUCGAACUCAGAGCUCACGAAGAAAAAGCCAAAAGAGACUAUUUGCAAGCCAAACAUCAAGCAGAAAAAGCAGGCCUCGUAGAAGCACACAAAAUGGAAAUCGAAAAAUUAAAUGAAAUUUGGGAAACUGACCUUAUGCCUAGAUUUGAAGACAGCGUAAGGAGUGCAGUUAUUGAACUGAGAGACAAGCAUAGAAGAGAAAUGGAAGAAUUAAGGGACAGAAAAGAGAGAGAAAUCGAAAAAACAAAGCAGCACCCUCCUUCUGAAAUACUGAAUCUUAGAAAAAGAGUAGACUCGUUAGCAUCUGCAGGUGAAUAUAUGGCUGCAAAGAAAAUUAAAAUGAAUCUAAUUGAAGCUGAAAACCAUUGGCACGGCAAAAUUGAUGGAAAAUCCAAAGAUAAGUGGUCAGAAAAUAUUGAGAAAUUGAUAGAAAAACAAGAAAGAGAAUUGAAUUCGCUACUUGAUAAGCUUGAAAAGUAAUAAAUAGCUAGGCAAAGACAAUUAAAGAAAGCACAGUGACAGAAAGAAAUUGAAAUUUUAAAAAAAAGAUAUAAUAAUGUUAGGAAUGAUCUGACUAACCAGCAUAAAAUAGAAAAACAGAAACUAGUAAAAGAGUUUAGUGUCAAACGACAAGCGAUGGAAAGUAUUACUAAAAAGCCGAGGAAAUUGUCAAACUUGAGAUAA